GCAUGUCUUUCAAGGAGGCCAAGCCCGGGGAGAAAAGCAAGAACCCAGAAGACCAUGGCAGAAAGCAAAGCACAAGCUGGAUCAACGGCAUGGAGGCGGGCAACCAAGCCGGCACUUCUGGCGAGAAGAGAGGUCACCAUUGGAGGAGUUACAAGUUGAUUAUUGACCCUGCUCUGAAGAAGGGCCAGCACAAACUCUACCGCUAUGAUGGACUCAACUUCAGCAUGCCCAACUCGGGCGUCCCCCCCGUGGAUACAGUCCGGGAUCCCCGGAUCGGAAGGAUAUGGACCAAAAAUAAAGAGCUGGAUCUACCUGUGCCCAAGCUCAAGAUCGACGAGUUUUAUGUCGGGCCAGUACCCCCCAAGCAAGUGACUUUUGCUAAACUCAAUGACAACAUUCGGGAAAACUUUCUGGGCGACAUGUGCAAAAAAUACGGGGAGGUGGAGGAGGUGGAGAUCCUGUACAACCCCAAGAACAAGAAACAUCUGGGUAUUGCCAAAGUCAUCUUUGCCACCGUGACAGGCGCCAGGGAUGCAGUCAAGCAUUUGCACAACACUUCUGUCAUGGGCAACAUCAUCCAUGUGGAGCUGGACACGAAAGGUGAGACACGGAUGCGGUUCUAUGAACUGUUAGUUAACGGUCUGUACACACCUCAGACUCUUCCAGUUAGUGUUGACUUGGAUGCUUCACCCACUGUGAAUGAAACUCCACAGGUUAAUGAACUUGUGAAACGUACUAAAGAGACUGGUGUCAGUGCAUCAGUUACCCCAAACAGCAGUACCCCAUUUUCACAUGAUACAGCUUAUUCAAGCUGUCGACAAGACACCCCAAACUCUUUCAGCCAGUUUACCCCCCAGUCACAAGGAACCCCUCACACCCCACGUCUGGGAACACCUUUUUCUCAAGACUCCAGCUAUUCAAGUCGGCAAACAACACCAGCUUUUCAUUUCGGGCAAGACUUUAAACCAAGGAGACAAGAAACAAAGUUUACGGACGCUUACAACCGGAGGCCUGGGCAUCACUACGUACACGGCUCCAAUGUUUAUAGAGGAUCUGAGCAGACUUUUAAUGCUACCAGAUCUCAACCAGAGACUCCACAGUUUUCACAUACACCGCCCUUGAGUCAAUCUGGUUUGAACUUUAGUAAGUCAGCCUUUUCCCCAUACCAGGCAUCUUCAGUUUUCUCCCAUCAUGAUGAGACUUCUUUUCCUCAGACAUCACGAGAAGUUGAUUACAGGAGAACAGCUCCACCACUGCCACUAGAGCCUUUUUCUGAUGGCAUGUGUAGCUCUAUAAAUAUUGACUUUGUACCAGUUAAGGAGAAACCAGAAGAGCCUCCGCCACCAGAGCCUGAGUGCCUCAUAGAGCAUAAACCUGCAUCCCGUGCUCGGACCCCUGAGAGUCGGAACUCUCCUGGAACACCUACUUUGGAGUCAGAAAUGAAGCACGAUAGUUUAGACUCCAGAAUCGAAAUGCUUUUAAAAGAGCAAAGAACGAAUUUACGUUUCCUAAAUGAACCAAACUCGGACAAUGAAGUGAUGAUGCAAGGAAGUCCUAUAUCAUCCUCUUCUUCUCAACUUUCACCAAUCCCUCCUUAUAGUUCAAACUCUCAGUAUCAGGAUGUUACACCUUCCUCUAGACCUUCCAGCACUGGCUUAGAGGAUAUAAGCCCAACCCCACUGCCGGAUUCUGAUGAUGAUGAGCCAAUACCCGGCACUGCAUCUCUCUGCCAGAACUCAAGGUCAACAACUCCCAUUGAACAACUGAGUCAAUCUUGCAGGAAAGUGGAUAGUACAGAAUUGAAGGAACACAUGGCAGGUGAUGAAACCCCUACAUCGGAAAAGAUGGAUGAGGGUCAUCCUUCUUCAGGAGAGGACAUGGAGAUUUCAGAUGAUGAAAUGAACACCUCCCCUAUCACUACUGAAGAAUGUGCCAAAUCCAUUGUUGUGAAUUCAGCUGUCACCAAUUCUGGCGUUAUGACCUCAGUCAUUUCUAUCCUACCUCCUGGAUUUCCUCCACUACCACCACCACCUCCUCCUCCUCCCCCACAGCCUGGAUUCCCCAUGCCACCACCUCUUCCCCCACCUCCUCCACCAACUCAUCCUUCAGUUACAGUACCCCCUCCACCAUUACCUGCUCCACCCGGAGUACCCCCACCGCAUAUGUUGCACCCUCCACCUUAUCACCAUCAAGGCAUGUUCCCCACAAUGCAAGGUGACAUGAUGAGUGCCCUUGGUAAUCAGUGGGGAGGAAUGCCUAUGUCCUUUCAGAUGCAGACUCAGAUGCUCAGCCGCAUGAUGCAAGGACAAAACCUUUACCCUUACCACCACUUCAUGGGGAAUUCCAUGCAAUUUGGUAACCAGCAUCCAUAUCGCCCUGUUGCCAUGUCCUCUUACCUUGGACGAGGUCAGCCUUGGCCGCCCUUUCCAAAAUUCGAUCCUUCUGUGCCACCACCAGGCUACGAACACAAGAAGGAGGAUCCACACAAGGCCACAGUGGAUGGAGUGCUGCAAGUCAUUGUUAAAGAACUUAAAGCUAUCAUGAAAAGAGAUUUGAACCGAAAAAUGGUUGAAGUGGUGGCAUUCCGGGCAUUUGAUGAGUGGUGGGAUAAGAAGGAGCGUCAAGCAAAGCAGUCUCUGACUCCUGUAAAAUCUGGGGAUAACAAAGAUGAAGAGAAACCAAAGGCAAGGGACCAAAUAACACAAAUAACAUCAAGUCUGCUAGAAAGCUGGAACAAGGGAGAAGGACUGGUGAAGAGGAAAGAACCGCCUGAAACUGCACUUGGGGGAGAACAGAAGAGAAUUCGUCCAUCGCCUUCAGUAGAUGAGGAAGAUGAAGAGUGUGAGCGUGACAGGGAUGCGCUGGACACAUCAUCAGAUCCAUCCAAGAAAGAUGCAGACCCUGUGAAUGUCCACAGGAAGCCAGCAAGACCUCUAGCCAGCGAGGGAGAAGAAGCGGAAAGCGAUGGAGAACAGGAGAACUCAGAUAAAGAAGACACCUCUUCUGAGAAAGAUGAAGAGCAGGAAGAGCACUCAGUUGGAGCUUUGUCCAGUAAAGAACAGCGUUUUAUUGAAGAUGACCAGUCAUCAUCGUCAUCAUCUGAGUCCGAUGAUGAGAUCAGCGGGAAGGAGGAUGAUGAUCAAGACUCAGAUGAUGAAGAUGCCAUCAGCGUAACUUCCUCUAAAGUUGAAGCAGAUUCCUCAGAUGAAAGUGAAGAGUCUUCAGAGUAUGAAUCCAGUUCUGAUUCUGAAGGAGAUGAAGAGGAGGAUGACUCGGAGGAGGAAGAAUUAAAAUUUCUGGUAGAUCAAGAUGAGGAUGUAGAUGUAGAACUUGAGGAUGAUGCAGAAAUUUACAGGGACGAUGAUAUGUCUAUUCAGAGUAGUCCAGCUAAGACCUUAGCUGAAGAAGAGCAAAGAACUGAAGAAGGGGAAGCCAUGGAAGACUUAACACCAUCAACAAUUGAAGAAGUAUCAGCUCUGGGAGAUAGAGGCCUGGAUACGGCAGCUGUGGAUUCAAAAAGUGUAUUGGAACAGGACACUGUGGGAGAAGUGCUACCAGAAAAACCCGUGGAAGAUGACAUUAAGAAGGUUAUUGAGAAAGCUCCAUCACCAUCAAACCAAGAAGAUCCUUCUGAAGUUUAUGUAGAACUCCGCCUAGAGCCAGUCCUAGACAUCCCAAAUGAAGAGGCUCAGGAGAAUGUGGCUACUCGUCCUGUAACACCCACUGGGGCUUUUGGCGAAUCCAGCUUCGUUCUUAAACCUGAAGAGAUUUCUUCAGAUACUCGGCAAAUACCAGCUAAAUUACCCCUCUUUGUUGCAGAAGAAGAGGUGCUCUAUCCUCGCACACCUGGACGAGACACAGCUGUACAUUUGGAUUCUGAGGUCCCUCUACCAGCUGUCCCCAAAGUGGCUCCUACUGCACUUCCGUUGUUCCCCCAUAAAGACGAGGAGCCAACAGUCCACCAUGAAAAGAACUGUGGGCAUUUAGCAGUCACAAAAAUGCUGUCUGAGGAAGAGUUACCACGAACUCCUGGCAGAGAAUUCUCUGUCAAAUCAUCACACCUUGCAAAGUCACAGAGUACUGAUACUGUUCCUGCCACACCUGGUAGUGAUGCUCCUCUCACAGGUAACAGUUUGAACCUAACUUCCCCCCACAUUCCUGGAAGCCCAUUUUCCUACCUUUCUCAAUCCCCUGGUAUAAUAAACAGUGGCAUUCCAAGGACUCCUGGAAGAGAUUUUAACUUUACCCCAACCUUCCCUGAAUCUAAUGCUAUGUUUCCCUGCCAUCCCUCUAACAAGAAGCCCUCAGUUGAUGAGCCCGAUGAAAAGUCCUUUAAAGAACCACCCAGUGCUUCCAUAAUCAUGAAUAGUGUUCCUUCACCCAUCCCAUUUGCUAGCCCCCCAAGAGGGGAUCUUCAGAAGGAUAUUAGUUUAACUGGUGAUGAUCUGGAAUCAUCUGAAAUGCCAACGUACCUUUCAGAAGAUAAACUAUUAAGUGAAGAGAGUGAAUGUGAGCUCUCUAAAAUGCAGCUGCCUUCCACUGAGGAAUCUGCACCCUCGCCUACUCUUCCUCCUUCAAGUAAAAGGAAGUCUGGGCGGACCAAAAAGCCUCCUCCUUCUGCACUUGCAAUAGAAGAUAAUGUUGACAAAAACUCAGAAACCCUUCCUUUGGCUGCAUUAACAGAAAUUGCCCUAGGUAAAGGUGUGUUUGAUCAAGCUAAUGAAGUCUGUGGAAUUAAAGAUCCAGCAGCUGUUCCAUUAGAUUUUAGGAACGAGGAGCACCCUAAUUUGACAGUUUAUGAAGCCAUAAAUCAGAAAGUUCCAUUAAAGGAACUUGAGAACCAAUGGAAGGAGGAGCGAAGGGAAGGAGAAGACUUUACCAAAUUGAAAAAACCUAACUGGAGGCUUAAGAAGAGAUUUGGUGAGAUAUCCGCUAUUCCUUCUCCUGAAUUUUCUCCACCCCGAUCUCUCUUCAAGCCUCGGUCAGAGUUUGAGGAGAUGACCAUUCUAUAUGACAUAUGGAAUGGCGGAAUAGAUGAAGAGGAUGUCAAAUACUUGUGCAUCACUUAUGAUAGGCUGCUACAACAAGACAAUGGCAUGGACUGGCUUAAUGACACUCUUUGGGUCUACCAUCCUCCUACCAGUGUUUUUUCCCCCAAAAAGAAGAAACGGGAUGAUGGACUACGGGAGCAUCUUACAGGCUGUGCUCGUAGUGAGGGCUAUUAUAAAAUUGAUAACAAAGACAAGGCUAAAUACCUCAUUAAUAAUCGCUCUUUGACUGAAGAGCCUAUAAAUGAUACCCAGGGGAAGAGUAUUCCUGCUCAGCCUCAUACCUCCACCCGAGCAGGCUCGGAAAGAAGAUCAGAACAACGGCGACUGCUUUCUUCUUUUACUGGAAGCUGUGAUAGCGAUUUGCUCAAAUUUAAUCAGCUGAAGUUCCGCAGAAAGAAAUUGCGUUUCUCCAAGAGCCAUAUUCACGACUGGGGCCUUUUUGCUAUGGAGCCAAUUGCUGCAGAUGAGAUGGUUAUUGAAUAUGUGGGACAAAACAUUCGGCAGGUCAUUGCAGACAUGCGGGAAAAGCGAUAUGAAGAUGAAGGGAUUGGGAGCAGUUAUAUGUUCAGGGUGGACCAUGACACCAUCAUCGAUGCCACAAAGUGUGGGAAUUUUGCUCGAUUUAUUAACCACAGCUGCAAUCCCAAUUGCUACGCAAAGGUCAUCACUGUGGAGUCCCAAAAGAAGAUCGUCAUUUACUCCAAACAGUAUAUCAAUGUGAAUGAAGAGAUUACAUACGAUUAUAAGUUCCCCAUAGAGGACGUCAAGAUCCCUUGUCUUUGCGGAGCAGAGAACUGCAGAGGGACGCUGAAUUAA